AUGAGGCCAGGUCAAAUAUUGGAUCGUUUGUGUGAGGAGAGUCCAUCCAAAAAGUUUCAAGACAUGUUAGAGAUAGCGUUGAACAAAGAAGCAGCCUUGAGAGAGCAGUCCAGAAAUAAUGCUGAAGUUAAUAAGCUGCAAGUAGUUAAACAAAAAUCAAGUAGUACUUCUACCUCUAGUAGUAAUAUUUCAAGAAAUGGUGAGAAAAGAGUGGAGAGACAUGGUGAUAGAGAAGAAGAUCCAGAAGACUUAAGGUGUAAUUUCUGUAAUAAGACCAAGCACAAUUUUAGUAAAUGUAAGUACCGAACAUUUAUUUGUAAAAAAUGUGGGAGAAAGGGCCAUAUUAUGGCAGCAUGCAAAUUAGAUCGUAAUCAUUUGGUGGAAGAGGAAGAACAGGAGAACAUACUUUCAUUGUACAACUUAACAAAUGUCCAACAAGUUAACUUCAUAAGGCCACUAUGUAUUCCAGUGGUAAUAGAUAAUAAGGUGUCCACGCAGAUGGAAUUGGAUACUGGAGCAGGUAUUUCUUGCAUGCCAUAUAAGUUUUACUUAGAUCAUUUAAGCUACAUUCCUUUGAAUAAAACAGGUAUUAAAUUAAAAACCUACUCUGGAGAAAUUGUUAAUCCAGAAGGGAAAAUUAGUAGACAUUUGAAUCAAAUUCGACGGAAUCAAUCAGAUAUAGUGGAGGAUCAGGUUGAAAAAGUGGAUAGGGAAGGUCCUGAAAAUAAGUGCUUAAGUGGGGAACAGGGGCCAAGUGCUAUACAUUUUCCGAAGUUAGAUUUGAAUGUCCAACCAAAAUUGCUAUUAAAUGAAUCGGUAAACGAGCCCUAUGCUCAAACAAAUGAGAGUCAGGGACAGGAAGAAAUUAAAAUCGACGAAGAUUUAGCUGAUCAACCUUAUCCUCAGGCUGCAUCUGAAGUUACAGCUAAAAAGGGUCAGGUUAAUAUAAGCGAACGACCAAAGCGAUAUCUCCAAGAGGAAAACAAAAUGGAAAUUACGGAGACACCAAUUGGACAUUCAUCUAACGAAGGAGGUUAUAUGAGCCCACAUGCUGAAGGAACAACAUUAAAUGAGAAUACUGGAGAAAAACCUUACAAGUGUGAAAUUUGUUUUAAACAAUUUAGUCAAGCAUGUACUUUAAAAACACAUUUGAGAGUUCACACUGGAGAAAAGCCUUACAAGUGUGACAUUUGUUUUAAGCAGUUUACUAGAAUAUAUUAUUUGAAAAGACAUAUGAGAUUGCACACUGGAGAAAAACCUUACAAGUGUGAAAUUUGUUUUAAACAAUUUAGUGAAGCACGUACUUUAAAAACACAUUUGAGAGUUCACACUCGAGAAAAGCCUUACAAGUGUGAAAUUUGUUUUAAACAAUUUAGUGAAGCAGGUACUUUAAAAAAACAUUUGAGUGUUCACACUGGAGAAAAGCCUUACAAGUGUGAAAUUUGUUUUAAACAAUUUAGUGAAGCACGUACUUUAAAAACACAUUUGAGAGUUCACACUGGAGAAAAGCCUUACAAGUGUGAAAUUUGUUUUAAACAACUUAGUGAAGCAGGUACUUUAAAAACACAUUUGAGAGUUCACACUGGAGAAAAACCUCACAAGUGUGAAAUCUGUUUAAAACAGUUUAAUAAUGAGCGUAAUUUAAAAAUACAUUUGAGAGUGCACACUGGAGAAAAACCUUACAAGUGUGAAAUUUGUUUUAAACAAUUUAGUGAAGCAGGUACUUUAAAAACACAUUUGAGAGUUCACAGAGUUUAUGAAAUUUGUUUUAAACAAUUUAGUGAAGCAGGUACUUUAAAAAAACAUUUGAGAGUGCACACUGGAGAAAAACCUUACAAGUGUGAAAUUUGUUUUAAACAAUUUAGCGAAGCAGAUACUUUAAAAAAACAUUUGAGAGUGCACACUGGACAAAAGCCUUACAAGUGUGAAAUUUGUUUUAAACAAUUUAGUGAAGCAGGUACUUUAAAAAAACAUUUGAGUGUUCACACUGGAGAAAAGCCUUACAAGUGUGAAAUUUGUUUUAAACAAUUUAGUGAAGCAGGUACUUUAAAAAAACAUUUGAGUGUUCACACUGGAGAAAAGCCUUACAAGUGUGAAAUUUGUUUUAAACAAUUUAGUGAAGCAGGUACUUUAAAAACACAUUUGAGAGUUCACACUGGAGAAAAGCCUUACAAGUGUGAAAUCUGUUUUAAGGAGUUUAGUGUAGCAAGUACUUUACAAAGACAUUUGUGUGUGCAUACUGGAGAAAAACCUCACAAGUGUGAAAUUUGUUUUCAGCAGUUUAGUCAAGCAGUUCAUUUGAAAAGACAUUUGAGAGUGCACACUGGAGAGAAACCUUACAAGUGUGAAAUUUGUUUUAAACAAUUUAGUGAAGCACGUACUUUAAAAACACAUUUGAGAGUUCACACUGGAGAAAAGCCUUACAAGUGUGAAAUUUGUUUUAAACAACUUAGUGAAGCAGGUACUUUAAAAACACAUUUGAGAGUUCACACUCGAGAAAAGCCUUACAAGUGUGAAAUUUGUUUUAAACAAUUUAGUGAAGCAGGUACUUUAAAAAAACAUUUGAGUGUUCACACUGGAGAAAAGCCUUACAAGUGUGAAAUUUGUUUUAAACAAUUUAGUGAAGCACGUACUUUAAAAACACAUUUGAGAGUUCACACUCGAGAAAAGCCUUACAAGUGUGAAAUUUGUUUUAAACAAUUUAGUGAAGCAGGUACUUUAAAAAAACAUUUGAGUGUUCACACUGGAGAAAAGCCUUACAAGUGUGAAAUUUGUUUUAAACAAUUUAGUGAAGCACGUACUUUAAAAACACAUUUGAGAGUUCACACUGGAGAAAAGCCUUACAAGUGUGAAAUUUGUUUUAAACAACUUAGUGAAGCAGGUACUUUAAAAACACAUUUGAGAGUUCACACUGGAGAAAAACCUCACAAGUGUGAAAUCUGUUUAAAACAGUUUAAUAAUGAGCGUAAUUUAAAAAUACAUUUGAGAGUGCACACUGGAGAAAAACCUUACAAGUGUGAAAUUUGUUUUAAACAAUUUAGUGAAGCAGGUACUUUAAAAACACAUUUGAGAGUUCACAAACCUCUUUGGGGAGAAGGACAGGAUGUCAAGAUAGGAGUAGAAGUUAGGUUAAUGAUAUGGAUUGUCGCUUUGAAAUAUAAUUGUAAUAAAGUGCUAAAUAAAGAUUGUCUCAAUAAUUCUACAUGGUGGCAGCGAACUUGCAAAUACUCCGAGGAAUAUUUGGCAAGUAGAACCUUCUUCGAAGAGCAGAAAUAG